GCACGCGCAGCGCCGUCCCGGCGCGGCUGUAUAUCGGGGCGUGCGCGCCGCGCGGGGUCCGCCGUGAGCGGUGUCGUCCGGCCGCGCGAUGCAUUGUGGGCGCGGCUGAGGAAGUAAAAUGGCGGACUUGGCGAACGAAGAAAAACCUGCUAUUGCCCCACCUGUCUUUGUAUUUCAGAAGGAUAAAGCACAGAAGUCCCCUGCAGAGCAAAAAGCUUUGUCGGAUUCAGGCGAGGACCCCCAGGGAGAGGUUGAGCCCCCCUACCAUGGUCUGGGUCACACAGAACCAGCUGGUGAGUGCGACUCUGAGCACCCUGCUCCUGCUGUGGCCUCAGUCAGUGCUACCCUGAGUCCUGCUUCUGAAGCCCAGCUUGCUCCUAUUCAACAAGAACUGGCAGGGAGAUCUGCAGAUGGAUCAAGUCCAGAAGAUGGAGAUGAAUCUGAUCGAGAGGAUGGAAGCUACUGUCCACCUGUAAAACGAGAGAGAACUUCAUCUUUGACUCAUUUCCCUCCUUCUCAAUCAGUAACAAAGAACAAUGUCUUUAUGCCGUCAAGCUUUUGUGAACCCUCUACAGGCAAUUCUGACUCAGAACCAGAGGAAAAGAGCGGUGGAUUCCGGCUGAAGCCACCAAUACUUAUCCAUGGUCAGGCACCUAGUGCAGGUCUCCCUAGCCAGAAACCAAAGGAACAGCAGCGAAGUGUGCUCCGUCCAGCAGUACUACAGGCACCGCAGCCAAAAGCUUUCUCACAGAUGGUUCUCAGCAGUGGCACCAAUGGUGUAAAUAUUCCUCCAGAUUCUGCAGCCACAUCAGAAUCACCAAGUGAUGCAAUAUUGAAAAGUUCAGACUCUGAAGACAAGGCAGCAGAAUGUCAGAAAAAGGAGUCCAACAAUGCUUCAGAUGAUGACAGCUCUGAGAAGGCUGAACUAAAUGCACAGCAAGCAUUUGUUUUUGGGCAAAAUUUACGAGAUAGAGUUAAGCUAGGAGAUGAAAGCAAUGAAACUGCUGAUGUGCAGAAUGCUGGCCUUCUGACAUCAGAUAUACCUUCUGCAACAAACUAUUUUCUACAGUACAUCAGUUCCAGUGUAGAGAACUCUACGAACAGUGCUGAUACGUCUAGCAACAAGUUUGUUUUUGGACAGAACAUGAGUGAGCGAGUCUUAAGUCCACCAAAAUCAAAUGAAGGUAGUGCAGAGAGUCAUAAGGAGAAUACUGCUACAGAGUCUGGGUCUGAAUCGUCUUCUCAGGAGGCCACGCCAGAAAAAGCUAAUAAUAUUUCAGAAUCACUGGCAGAGUCUGCAGCAGCCUAUACUAAAGCAACAGCAAGGAAGUGUUUAUUAGCGAAGGUAGAAGUGAUUACUGGGGAGGAAGCUGAAAGUAACGUGUUACAGAUUCAGUGCAAGCUGUUUGUAUUUGAUAAAAGCUCUCAGUCUUGGGUGGAAAGAGGUCGAGGGCUCCUGAGACUCAAUGAUAUGGCCUCAACAGAUGAUGGAACAUUACAGUCUCGACUGGUGAUGAGGACUCAGGGGAGUCUCAGGUUAAUCUUAAAUACCAAGCUCUGGGCUCAGAUGCAGAUUGAUAAAGCCAGUGAGAAGAGUAUCCGGAUCACUGCCAUGGAUACAGAGGACCAAGGAGUUAAAGUUUUUCUUAUAUCAGCAAGCUCUAAAGAUACAGGGCAGUUGUAUGCUGCACUGCACCAUCGGAUCUUGGCCUUGCGCAGUAGAGUGGAACAAGAGCAAGAAGUCAAGAAUGUAGCACCUGAGCCAGAGGUAACGCAGUCAAAUGAGGAAGACAGUGAUGAUGAUGAUGUCAUUGUACCUUCAGGAUCAGUUGGAAGUGGUCCUAAUGAUGAAGGUGAUGAUGGGCAGAACGUUGGCAGCACAUAGCAGAUGUGAGCUGAUCUGCUUGCAAGGCUGCUAUGAACACCAUCUUGCAGGCAUCUCUGGAUACCCCAGGCCAGCGAUUAUUUCAGGCAGUUUUGAAAGCUCCAGGACUUAAGAACUGUGCAUCUCUGUUCUUUUUGUUUGGGUUUUUGAUCUGGAUCAGUAGAUUCCACACAAAAAAUAGCAGACUUGGAAACUACCUGAAUGUGGUUUGGGAUGUUGAAAGCUCAUCAUAUUGAUGAGCAAAAAAAAAAAAAAAAAAAAAAAAUCCAACCCCAAAACAACAAAAACACAAAAUGCAACCACCCCCAACCAUUUCCCCUCUUCCUUGUAAUUAAAAUGGCAUAUUACAGCUUGUCACAGCUUUUCAUUGGGACCUUUUGGCUGUUUCUUCAAUAGUUCAUGUCUUGCAGGUCUCCAAGAUAGAACUUUUUGACACGGUUCCAACUCGAAUUCUGCUUUUUAUAACCCCUACUCCCCUUUACGCAGGGAAACCCGGUCCUUAAUAACUCCUAUGCUCACUGGCUGCCCUUUUGGGUUCCUUUUUUUUUUUUCGGACUGUAGAUGGGGCAGGUUAUGUUUUUACCUUUUAAUCCCAACAUAGGUUGUGGAUGUGGACACCAUUGUUUGCUGUCUAGUGGGUUUGUAAACAGAAAGAAACAAAACAUUGUGGUUCAUCAGAAAAGCUUUUUUAAUGCGAUGACUUUAAAGUCUGCAGGACGUUUUGCUAACUCCUUUUUUCUUCCCAUUUCAUUAUUAUUUUUUGGGGAUUUAUAUUGUGGUGAGACUUUUUUAUUUUAGUUUUUCAAUAAGAUGCUCUUGUGUGUUGAAAAAGUGAAACUAUUGUUUUGUACUGUUCUUUUCUGUUACUAUUUAAGGGAGAGCUAUGCCACUAUAUAUAAUAGAUGUUGCAUACAAUUUUUCUUGGAAAAUUUUGUUUCUGUGGCUAUAGUAAAGUGCAGGAGGCAUACAGGUUACACCUUCAGAAAAGUUAAUGACAAAACAGCUGUUAGCCCUUGGAAGAAUAAAAUAGGCUCAUGUAAUGAGCUCUGCCAGCCAUUAAAAUAAAUCUGUAUAAUAAAGCAGCUCUCAUUUAAUGGCUUGAUUCAACAAGCCAUUUAAGCACUUGCCUAACUUAACUGUAUGUGAAUAAUCUUACUGAAGUCAAUGCAACUCUUCAUGCUUAAAGUUGAGGACAUUUUUAAAAUCUUGCUGAAUUAAUGGCCUUAAAUAGAAAAUUUAACUUCUAAACUCUUCCUGUCCCUGUCCCAUUUCCUGAAGUCUUGCAGCAUGAAGAAAAAGGUAAUACUGCCAGCCUUGAGUAGUUUGGGCUGAAGGUUAUUGUAUUCUGUUCCACCACAAAUAAAAGCAAAAAUGUGGUUUUCUGUGUCCAA